AUGUUCCUGAACCCCAAAGGAAGACAAGUUCUUGUGAACUCAGUUGUGGACAGUGCCAUCUCUUACCUCAUGGCUGCUAUCCUUCUUCCUGCAGAAACUAUUGAAUCCUUAGACCAGAAAAGAAGAACCUUUAUUUGGUCAGGGAAGGGCCGCACCAAUGGGGCUAGAUGCCUAGUUGCAUGGAAUCAGGUGUGCAUGCCGAAAGAAAAAGGGGGGCUCGGAGUGAAGGACGUUGCCGUUCAAAACCAAUGCUUGGUGCUGAAACUUCUCCAUAGGCUGCAUCACCCCGCCAACUCGGCUUGGGCUCAGUGGGCACGUGAAGAAGUGGAUUUGAGCAUUUUGAAAGGUAAAAAUGCUGUUGGUCCUCAUUGGGAGGCGCUGCGCUCGCUUCUUCCACUGUACCAGAGUAUCACCUUUGUAGACGUUGGCGAUGGCCGAGCAACAGACUUUUGGAAUGACUGCUGGACAGGGAAGGUGCCGCUACCUGCUUGCUUCUCUAACCUCUUCAGUCAUGCAAAGGUUAAAGAAAUUCAGCUUCUUUUGGAACGUAAUGAAAAAAAAAAGAAAUUCAGCUUCAAAAAGUGGUAG